AUGGGUCAUCUUGAAACAACCAAGGAGCUGCUUCAAAAUUGGCCAGAUCCAGAAGAGUUGCUUACUUUAAAUAAACGACGAAAUAUACUUCACCUUGCGGCAAAGUAUGGAAGGGUCUCAGUGGUAAAGUACAUACUCGGAGAUCCUAAGUUUGAGAAGCUUAUAAAUGCCAAAGACAGGGAAGGAAAUACGCCUCUACAUAUAGCUACAUUAAACUGGCAACCCGAGGUUCUGCUUUCUCUCUCCCGGGACAACAGAGUUGAUCUAAAGCUUGUAAACAAUGACAACUUGACGGCUCUCGACAUUAGCUUAACAGGAAUUAUCUUAGUCUCAGCUGGAGCACGUAGAAGCAAAGACGAAGGAUUUUGCCAAACAAAAAGCCAAGGCUUGGCGAGAGGUCUAGAGUCUUCAGAUAGACUAAAAACUGAGGCCAACACCCGUAUGGUUGUGGCAACGCUUGUUGCCACUAUUACAUUUGCCGCUGGCUUUUCUGUUCCUGGAGGAUAUAAUAACUCUGAACCAGAUGCAGGAAUUGCUACACUGUUGAACAAACCCAUAUAUGACAUCUUUGUGAUCAGCAAUACCAUAGCCAUGUACAGCUCGAUAAUUUCAGCUGUAAUCCUUCUAUGGACACAGAUAAGUGAUUCGGUUGCGAUGCUUUAUGCCCUUAAAAGGGCAAGGACACUGCUGCUCAUAGCUCUUUUGACAAUGGGAGUGGCCUUCAUGGCGGGGGUCUAUGUGACCAUAAGCAAACGCAAUUGGAUUGCCAUUGUCAUCUGGGCCAUCGGAACCAUUGCCCUCUCCGUUAUCUUGAGUCUUUACCUUGCCUUGUUCUUUCCACUUGGGUACAAUUCUCGCUUUGUCCGGCUCUUCGCGGACUACAUCAUUAGAGCUGGUAUAUUAAUUUCAAGAAGUGUGGCCGAAUGA